AUGUCUGUUUCACCAGAACCAUCAGAGUCAGCCCCCAAGGCGGGAGCCAGCGACUCUCCCGCGCCUUCCUCGCCGCGCCUCGCGACGGAAGCUAAGAAUACCGACGCACGGGACGAUCAAGCGGAAACCACCAACGAUCGCGCCGACCCAACCGAAGACUCCAAAGAACCUUCCUCGAAGCUUGAAGCUGAUGAGUCUGAUAACAUUGAAGCGACAUCUGCCCCGCCGCUCCCCGAGGAAAUCCCACCACCACUCCCCGAUGAGACUGCGCCUCCGCUCCCCGAUGAGACCGCGCCGCCACUUCCUGAAGAAACUGCACCAGCGCAAACCGAGGACGACGGAUGGGAUCCUAUCUGGGACGGCCACGCGCAAGCAUACUACUUCUACAAUCGUUUCACCGGAGUCUCGCAAUGGGAGAACCCGCGCGUGCCGCAAGCCCCAGUCGCGCUGGCCUCAACCGCCUCGGUCCCUCCCGCGCCUGGCACCUAUGACCCCCCACAGCCAGCCCAGCAGCCGGAACCCGUUAUUGGAGGCUACAACCCCGCGAUUCAUGGCGACUAUGACCCAAACGCAGACUAUGCGCGUUACUAUGAAGAACCUGCUGCCACUGCUGGGGUGGACCCCGCCGCAGCCUACGCCGCCACCGGCACCUUCAAUCGCUUUACUGGACGCUGGCAGGCUGCAUCGAUCAAUCCCGAAAACCACAACGAUGAGAACAAGUCUCGGCGUCAGAUGAACGCUUUCUUCGACGUUGACGCUGCGGCAAACAGCCACGGCGGCCGGAGCUUGCGCGCAGAGCGCAGUGCGCGCAAGUUGACGAAGCAGGAGUUGAAGGCGUUUAAGGAGAAGCGCCGUGAGAAGAAGGAGGAGAAGCGUCGGGCCUGGCUUCGGGAUUAA